AUGGCCGACGAUAAGAUGGAUGUCGAUGCGAGCAACGGCGAAAAAGUGGAGGAGAAGGAGAAGGCUCCUGUAGUGCUCUCACCGCAGCAGAUCAUCACCAACAACUUUGCCCUCAUCAACUCUGCAGUGCAAUCCUUUGACUCGCGCUUCACCCUUCGCGCCCUGCGAUCCAUCUCGUCCCUCCGCAAGUCGCCCACGUUCGCCGCUGCCAUCGCACACGCCAUCCGCACCGCAUACCCCAAGUCGAGCAACCGGGGGCGUCAGAUUCUGGAGGAGUUGCUACCAUCGGAGGCUGUCAAGGAGGCGGCAGCAUCGGCGCCGGCACAGAACGGAGACGCUUCUGCGCAUGAAGAGCAGGUCCAUCCCGAAAUCUGGGCGUACUUGGGCGUGCUGGUGCAGGUCCAUCUCUACGAUACGGGCAAGUGGGAGGAAGGAGCCGAGUUCAGCGAGAACUUUGUCGAGCGCGUGCGGAGCUGGAAUCGCAGAACCCUCGAUCAGAUUGGUACCAAGGCCUACUUCUACUAUGCUUUGUUCCACGAGGAGCUCGACCCCAAGCCGCCUUCCAAACAGUCACAGGUCAUUGAUAUCCGCCCCAAGCUGUUGGCCGCAUUACGAUCUGCCGUACUGCGCAAAGACUCGGAUACUCAGGCCGCGGUGACGGUUCUCCUCCUUCGCAACUACAUCUCCACGGCCGACAUCAACCAGGCCGAUCUCCUCGUCGCUCAGACCUCUUUCCCCGCUUCCGCCUCCAACAACCAGCAAUGUCGCUACCUAUACUAUCUGGGCCGUAUCCGCGCCAUCCAGCUUGACUACACCCAGGCGCACGAGCAUCUCGAAUCCGCGACUCGCAAGUCACCCACCACCGGUCCCGCCGUUGGUUUCUACCAGCAGGCCAUGAAGCUGCGUAUUGUGGUGGAGCUUCUCAUGGGAGACAUUCCCGAGCGCUCCCUCUUCCGCCAGCCGGCUCUCGAGGCUGCUCUCUACCCGUACUUCAAGCUCGUGCAGGCUGUACGCGUGGGCGACCUGCAGGCUUUCCUCAAAUGUACCAGCGUCAGCGAGGCACAGUUCCGCAAAGAUGGCACUUACACGCUGAUCCUCCGUCUGCGACAAAAUGUCAUCAAGACGGGUGUGCGCAUGCUGUCGCUCAGCUACUCGCGGAUCUCACUUCGCGAUAUUUGCACGCGCUUGGGCGUAGAGAGUGAAGAGUCUGCCGAGUACAUUACUGCAAAGGCCAUCCGAGAUGGAGUGAUUGAGGCGAGCCUGGAUCACCAGAAUGGACACAUGGUGACGACUGCACAGAGGGAUGCGUACAGCACGACGGAGCCCAGCGAGGCAUUCAACGCUCGUGUUGAUGCAUUAUUGGGAAUGCGAGACGAGUGUGUCAUGGCCAUGRGAUAUCCCAUGAACAAACAUCGGCAGGAAAUUGCCGAAGCUGCCAAAGCACGAGAGAGGGAGAGAGAAUUGGCGAAGGAGAUUAUUGAUGGAGAGGGUGGCGACGGAGAAGGUGACGAUGGUGGAUUCGAUGGUUUGUAG